UGUUUUUAAGGGGAUAUUUAUACAUGUACAAGUGACUUCUUUUAUGUGACCUUUCUUUAAUAAACUUAUGCUAUUAACACAUCAAUUGUGUGAUCUAUGUAUGUUUAAGUGAACCUGUGCUGGGAAAAGUACUGUUAAACAGGGUUCUCCUGCCCUUCAUAACUAGGGAGUGGCGUAGUCUGUAUUUUAUUUGGUGGUAGAGGCCACAUGUGGUACAGUGCAAAGUUCCAGUUACACAAUGCUCGGUUUCUAGACCGGUCUAAAGAAAACACUGGACUUUGCCUGUUCUGAGAUCCAUGACAAGGAGAAAGUCUUGGACAUAGAUAAGCGGGUUACCAACGAGGAAAAGAGACUGACCAUGGCUGAACAAUGCAUCACAGAGCUUGAAGCCAAUUCACAGCGAUGGAAUCUGAGGUUUUAUGGAGUACCAGAAUCAGAAAACAAAGAUGUGCGUCAGGAGGCAAUUAGAAUAUGUCAAUCUGUUGCACCGGUGUUACGGCCAACCUGUGUAUGCAGGCCCACCAAGGGGACAGAAUGACCUUCGCCGUCACUCUCACCAGGAAACAGCCUCUACUACAGGAAUCAAUCUUCACCAAGAGCUCCACUCCUGCACCCAGGCACCCUCCAUCCCUUUUACCUUCAGUUGUGGUCAAAUCCCCAGCAUUCUUCACCCAGUUCUCCACUCCUACAACCAGCCCCCCUGCAUUCCUUACACCCACAGUUGUGGUCAAAUCCCCAGCAACCUUCACCCAGAGCUCCACCCCUGCAACCAGGCCGCCUCCAUUCCUUGCACCCAUAGUGGUGGUCAAAUCCCCAGCAACCUUCACCCAGUCCUCCACUCCUGCAACCAGGCCCCGUCCAUCCCUUACACCUAUUGUUGUGGUCAAAUCCCCAGCAACCUUCUCCCAGUCCUCCACUCCAAUGGGGGACACAUUCCAGCCAUCACCUCUAGCCAGACUAGGCUCAGAGCAGCUGUUGUCCCCAUCCAACCUGUUGCAACCGGCUGCUCUCGCUGACCACCGAGGCGAGGCGCAGUUCAUCUCGAACAAGCCUGUCUCUUUGGUUGUCCGCUGA